AUGACAUAUAACAAGUUUGAAGAUUCCAGGCAUAUGCCUAGCACUCAAAAAGAGGUCAAUGAAUCUGAAGAGGAAAUUCAAAAAGCAUUAACAAACUCAUACAAUUCUUAUAUUCCUUUCAAGAGUAAUGAUGGAUUUAUAUUAAAUUUAUUUCAUUAUUUUAUUAAAUUAUUUAAUAUUCAUUACGAGACAGCAUAUGUGGUUAAUACAUUGAGGCAAUACUUUAUAGACAAUAAUGCAGAUCCUUUAAAUACUUUUAAUAAAUUAAUUCAUCAUCAAAAUCAAUCUUACUUUACAAGUAUAAUUGGUUAUUUUUAUCAAUUUGGAAUUGGUACAGAAAUUAGUUAUAGAUUAGCGAGCAAGUUUUAUUCACGAUCAAAUAUUCAAGAUAAAAAAACAUCUUAUUCUUUAAAUAACUCGGAUUCAUUAUUUUUUAAUGAUUUUAUUGAAAAUAAUUAUAAUAUAGGAAAAAUUUCUCUAGCUUAUUUAUAUUUUUAUGGUAUUGGAGUUAAAGAAGAUAAUCAAAAAGCAUUUCUUUUAUGCAAUGAAACUAUCAAAAAUAAUUAUGGUUUAGGUCAAUAUUUAGUUGGUAAAUGCUUCGAAGAAGGUUAUGACGUCGCUUUCAAAUGGCCGUCGAUAGAUUGA